CUGCCAUCAAUCUCUACGACAUGAGUGUUCGGGUCAGGGAGGGGGGAAACGCGCAGCUUCAUGAGAGAUCUAGCGGCUAUUUAAGGUUCAGCUCCGUGUCCAAAGAGAAGCAGAGGACCACAGAAGCAGCUGUUUCAAGAGGCGUUUUUGUCCUCCAAAAUAAUUAAAAAAAAUAAUAAUAAUUAGGGAGACUCCAUCUAGAGUUGGACCGAGCUGACCCGACCCCACCCCCAGUGCAGGACCAGUUCAGCCAAGUUGUAGCAGAGAUGCAGUGGAGAGUGACUCUGGCUGUGGCGGUGAUGUGCGUCGGCUGCAUCUGUCACCGCGUCGGCGCUGAAGCGAGGAGCAGGGUGAUGGUGCCGCGGGACUAUGGGGUCAAACUGUGCGGGAGAGAGUUUAUCAGAGCUGUCAUUUUCACCUGUGGGGGCUCCAGAUGGAGGCGAUCCACAGACGGAGAUUUAGAUCCUCUCGAUUGGAGUUCCCUCAAUGAGGAGACAGCAGAAGACAACCUGCAGGAGCUGUCAGAGAGCCGCUCCCCUCUCCCCGUACUCCCCUCUUACUCCCUCACAGACCUCCUAAACCUCUUCAGGAGCACAGGCGACCGAGAGCAGCCGCUUCUGAGGAGGCACACGGCUUCAGAGGAGGAGAGGGGGAACGAGCAGCGCUCGACGAGUAAGAAGAAGAGGAACUUUUCUUUGGGCGUGGCAGGGAUGUGCUGCAACCAGGGCUGCACCAAGAAUGAUAUUGGACGGUUAUGUUAAAGUAAAACAAGAAAAAAAAGAUGUGGGGGUACACGGACAAACGUGAAGAUGGAGGGUUUGGUUUCAAUUUCCGAAUCAUAGUUUUGUCAAAAUAUGUUUUCCAUGUCCUGUACGCCUCAAAUAAAUUUGAAAUGUUAAUAUGAAAUGUGAAUGGAAUUUUUUUUAGAACUUUUUAUUUUUUUAAACAACUGCUGCCUCUAUGAUUGAGUCAAAAAAUUCAACUUUUUUCAGCACAAUUCUGGGGAAAACUGUUGUAUUAGCUUAAAUAAAACACAGAUCAUUCUGAGUGGAAUAUAUUUUAUUUGGAAUGAAAAAAAGCUCAAUAUGAACAAUAAAUUUACACAUCCAGCUUUGAUUAUUUACAUGUAUCUACAGACGGAUGACUGCACAUGUGAACACGAAAUGAAUAUUUUUAGGGAUGAAAAAGAACAAAACAAAAAUAAUCCAGAUUAAAAUUGCUAUUGAACUGGCUCCUUUUUAAAUGUAUUUUUUUAAACAAAUGUACAUAAAUGUAAGAUUUUUAGCUUCUGACAUAUAUAAAAAAAAGCAAACAGUAACAGCAUUCAUGUGCAAAAGUAUGACAAAAAUGUAUUAAGAGUAAACAAGACGAUACAAGUUGCAAUAGAAUUUAAAUCCAACAUAAAUAUACAUUUUUUAAUGGCUUGGAGACAAAGAAAAUCAAGUUUUUAUCAAAUAAAAAAAACUUUUCUGCUGCAUUAAGAGAUCUUUCAAUUAUAUAAAAACAUAGUUGCACUUUAGCCUGACAAUAAUCUCUUUCUUCAAUUUAAAUGUUGUAAACAAAAAA